AUGGCGGCGCUGCGUCCCAGCGCGAGUAAUACUCUCAGCAGACUACUGUCGCGACCUGCACGACAUCUGACUCUGCCCUCGCACAUCACUGUAAGGUAUCGCCGCCACGCCACUAAAUCUUCUUCAAGCACCUUCACCCGACCGAAGACUCAAUUCGAGUCACUUUACCACUAUGAUAGCGGCCGCUGGCUUUGGAACGAGGAGGAACAGCUACGCAAGCGAUACUCACCGUUCAAUGUGUCCGGACUCGAGAAGGUGGUAGCACAGGCGGCAGGCGUGACAUCAUGCAAGCUACUGGGGAAGGGCGAUGAAGGCAACUACAACAAAGCAAUGGCGUGCAAGUUACCCGACGGCUCUGUUGUCGUUGCGUGCAUCCCAACUCCUCAUGCUGGCGCACCUUUCCUCACGACAGCAUCUGAGGUCGCCACGAUAGAAUUCGUCCGCACCGUCCUCGACAUCCCUGUGCCCAAAGUGCUGGCAUGGAGUGCGACCAAGGACAACCCUGUGGAGAGUGAGUACAUCGUGAUGGAGAAAGUGAAGGGCGAGCAGCUCGGUGUCGUGUGGGACGACAUGGGGAUGGAUGAGAAGCGUCGGAUUGUAGAAGACCUGGUCGACAUCCAGGUCAAGUUGCUAUCUGUGCCGUUUGAGCGAUUCGGAUCUCUGUACUAUCGGGAUCAUGUACCCAACAACGCGAUCACGGUGCAACUGCAGGGCACCAAUCUUGACGAAGAAGUGAAGCUGUGGAUAGAGAAGACGUUCUGCAUAGGACCCAUGUCUGGACCUGACGUUCACUUCUCCGGACGGAGUAGUGUGCGCAUGGAUGUUGGACCAUGCGCCACAGCCACAGAGUAUCUUCAAGCUAUUGCGAAGAGAGAGAGAGAGUGGCUUUCGAAGUACGCUGAUCCUGAGCGUCCACCUACCAGGUUCCUCAGCCCGGGCGUAGAACACUCCGACUGCGACAACGAGCCGAAUGCUCACAUAGAGCUGUACCGACAGUUUCACGACAUCGUACCGCACUUAUUCAAUCCCGCGAAGGGACUCGAUCGAGCCACCUUGUGGCAUCAACACCUUGACCUCGAAAGCAUCUUCGUGGAGGAUGGGCAUAUUUCUGGCAUCCUCGGCUGGCAGCACACCCGUAUCAUACCACUCCGACCACUUGCCAGUUUGCCACGUCUCGUGGAGUGCAGGAAUGAGGUGCAGCUGAACUUCCCAGAAGAUUACCACCAGAUGCAAAACGAAGAGAAGCCGCCGAUCCCAUUAGAAGUACGGCUACCAAAGAUCUUACACGAAGCGGAAGAUGUGGAGGUCAAGAGGGUGAUCAAGAAUCGGACGCACAAGGCCCUGACUCUGAUCCAUUACCUGGAUGUUUGCCACACGAAGUGCCCGGAUUUCGCCAAGUGGCUUGAUCGUGAUGAGUACGGGCUAUUGCGAGAUCUUAUGGUUGUUCUUCAGGAACCGACGUGGAACCGUCAAGACCUGAGCCUCCUUAAGCACUGCCUGAUCAGAUUGCAGCAGCGAUGGUCCGACAUUGUGGGCGAGGAGGUACCGUGUCCUCUUAAGUUCACUGAAGAUGACACGGAACAGGUCAUGAAAGAUGUUCUGGACUACAACAAGAUCGCCGAUGUAUGGGAUAUCCUUCCAAUUUGGCGGAGUGGCUUUUGUAGCCAUGAGCAGUACGAUCAGUGGCUCGAGACCUUUCGCAAGCAGCGUGAAGAGAGCAUGGAGAGCGAUGAUCAGGAAGUACGGGAGGUAGCUGCUCGAGGCAUGGCCUGGGUGCUGGAUAGCAAGUUGACUGCCGAGGAGUGA